UAUACAGCGUAAUAAUAAUUACUUUGCCCUGCGUUAGGCAGAGAAGGAGAUCUUCACGACUCCCGUUAGUCAACUCUUCCAGCCCUUUUCCUCCUAAAAAAGUUUCGCCUGUCGAUUCCGUCUAUCCUUCCAGACUCCAUCCUUGCUGUCCAUCAUGAACUGGCUCAAGUCAACCCUCGCAAGCGUCGCCGGCACGCAAGAACCCAUCUAUGGCCCCGACGCCAUCCAGUCCGUCGCCAAACAGGCCGAGUCCACCCCCUACACCGAACUGACCAAGGACGAUUUGAAAUGGCGGGCAUACCAGUAUACCUGCGUCGAGACUCAGACCUUCUAUGUCAUGUCCGACCAGGGCACUUUUGCAAUGGUCCAGAUUAUCUAUAGCAACGUCGCAGGCAUUCAUGUCACCUGUCAAUUGACCACCAAGAUCUUCAAUCUCAAAAGCGAUGCGCCGCCUAAGUGGCAUUCCGAUACCUUGUACAACUACAUGUUCGACGAGGGCAUGUACUCCUUUGGCGCAGACAACCUGUCCGUGACCCUGAACGAGGAAGGCGACGCCUACACCUUCCGAUCCUCCGUGAACGAGGACAAUAUUGUCAAUCUCACGUUCAAGAGGACGGCCCCGGGCUUCGUCGUCGGAAAAGACGGAACUUCGUAUUUUGGCACGGACCCCGAGAACCCGUGGGGUUCAAUGCUGCACGCUUUCUGGCCUCGCUGUGACGUGGAGGGCACCAUCCAAACCAAGGAUGAGACUUUUGAUUUCAAGGGUCGUGGCCAGUACAUCCAUGCCCUUCAGGGUAUGAAGCCGCAUCAUGCUGCUGCGCGAUGGAACUUUAUCAAUUUUCAGACUCCGUCGUAUUCCGCCGUGAUGAUGGAGUAUACAACACCUCCUUCCUACGGCUCAACAACGGUGAACGUUGGUGGCAUCACGAAAGACGGAGAGAUCAUCUACGCCGGGGCCACCAACAGCGCGACCCAUACCGAAUGCUCCCAAGACCAGGAGAGUGACUGGCCGGAACCGAAAUCUAUCAAAUGGGUAUGGGAAGGCAAGACAAGAGAUGGGAAGGAUGUCUACGCAGAAGUCGAUGGGCCUCUAGGCGAGAGACUCGACCGGAUUGACGUCAUGGCCGAGGUACCGGGAUUUGUCAAGGCCAUUGCUGGUAGUGUUGCCGGAACACGACCAUAUAUCUUUCAGUAUUCUCCCAAGGAGAAGCUUCCUUUGAAGCUCAAGAUCGGUGACACUGAAACCCAAGAGGAAGGGUGGAUGUUCUCCGAGGCCACGUUCAUUUCGUGAACCAAUCCGCAGCAUAUGGGCAAAUGCUGUUUGGGCCACUAUCAAUGGCGUUUUUUGAGGGUUGCUGGAAUUCUUUUUCCUUACUUCUUCUUUCGCUCUUAAUGUUGGCCAGAAAGCCAGAGCUUCUGGAUAAUAAUCCGCACGCAUUAUAAAGAAUAUCUACCUAAUGUUAUCUAUUCUAUCUGACUUGGGUUUUUAUUCUUUUUUAUAUAUGUUUUUUUAAUGCUGGUCUUCAUAUUUAUACAUUUGUUCUUCUUCUAAGCUGGCCAAUUUUCUCUCCCGUUUUGCCUAACUUCACCUCCACGUUGUCUUCCCUAUUAGACUCAGUCACUUCGAACAGAGUGAAUUAACAAACAUGAAUCUUUUGCUCCCUAUCUUUCUUUUCCUCUUAAUUUUUCAUUUCCCUACAGCUCAUCACCAUCUCUCCCUCUUCAUUCCAUAGACGUCCGAAAUACUGUGCUCCGCCGUUCUAGUCAAUCAACCACCAUGGUCAGAGGAUCGGACAAAUGGGGCAUCGCGGGGAAUAAUCCUUACUCGCGACGUACUCGCAAACUACUCCGAGAUAACAUUCAGGGAAUCAGUUCGUACACUCCUUUCUCUAUCUAUAUAUCACGCCUUUCUACUAACUGCUGUCUGUCGUCGUUUACUAGCUAAGCCUGCUAUUCGGU